AUGUCAGAGUCGGUGUUUGUGGGAAUGUGUCACAAAGUGGGGACCUCACAACAAGUGGCCAUGAGGAGAGAUGCGAUGGACAUCACGGAGAUUUUGACAAAUCAAGUCUCUAGUGAUUUAUACUCUAGUAUGACAAGUGGAAGCUACGGAGAAGGAUUCGAUAGGAAGGGAUCAGACAUAGACACACUUAUCCAAAGGAAUGAUAACCUUUUUAUGUCUAGUUCUCUAUACAGAGAAACCAUGCGUUUAUUAAUAGUUCCUAGGUUUAUCCCACAUGGACCCUGCGCCAAUGGAAUUCUUUUUGAAUUAGAAUAUGAUCAUGCCUACUGUUUUGCCUCUGACUUUUGGCCUCCAUCUGCUGCCUCUUGGAUAGACAGAUGUCACUCAUGGCCCGAGCCUCAUGUUGUGGGCGAUAUAAUCAGAAGUGGAUGUCACUUUGUGGCAAUUGGACAUAAAGAGGGCAUUCAUGAAGACAAAGAAUGGAGAAUUUCUUUCUCACGGGCAGAACAAAUACUUGUGUAUUCAAUGAACCACACUCAGUUCUUAACGUAUGGAUUGCUGAAAUUGAUUUUAAAGGACGUCAUUAACAAUGGAUUAGGAGAAGAAGAUAAACUACUAUGUUCCUACCACAUAAAGACAGCCGUUUUCUGGGUGAUUCAACAAAAUACCAUAUCUCAAUGGUGUCCACAAAAGCUCCUGUUGUGUUUUUGGGAGUGCUUCAAACUGAUCCUUAAAUGGGUCUAUGAAGGGGUCUGCCCUAACUUUUUCAUCCCUCAAAACAACAUGUUUCUGAGAGGAAUUCAUGGUUGUAAGCAAACUCAAUUGUUCAUUAGGCUACAUACGUUGUAUGAGAAGGGCUUGAUAUCACUGAUACACAGUCCCUCCAUCUGGCCAUAUGCUCUAAAAGUCCUUUAUAACCCAAGACUCUCCAUUUGUACAGAUGAAGGCAACUUGUUUACUGAGUAUGAUUGUGAUUUUACCCUAUUUAAAUGCAUAUCUAGGCAAGGUGUACCAGGAAUAGAAAACCUGAAUCAGUGUAUGAAAUGCCUACAAGCUGUAGAACAGUUGAUAAAUACAUCCUUGACACCAUAUCAUGUUGUCACCUUACAGAAACACACAACCUUCAUCCUUCAAGAAAUUGUUUUUAUAUUAAACAACAUGUAUAUCAAAACCUGUGGAAACAAAUUGAUGUAUAUUGCUGACAGAAUGUCCCAUCGCAUACUGAAAUUAACAGCUAAGUUUGGUUACACUUAUGAUAUUGUGUUUAUGGCCAUGUUUUACUACAAAACAAUGAGAUUUGUGGACACAUUAUUUGUUAUAGAAAUGACAAAAGUCUUACAGUCAUAUAAAGCAAAUCUAUCUAGUACUACAGAUAUGUACACCGAAGUUUUUAGAGGGCGGUCUUUGACUUCAAAAAUGAGAUUCUUUACAAGUAGUAAUAUCUACCUUAACAAUAGAAUCUGCUACAUCGAUGAAUUAUUGCCUGAACAGCUGUCUAGUUUACAGGAGAGACAGUGUAUGAUGGCUAUCCCUAGAUUCGUACUAUUGCAUAUGCUGGAAAUCUUGUGCUACCGUGAUGUCGAUACAACAAAAAAACAAACAGCGCUGUGUAAUCUCCAGCAUCUAGUCCACCAUCCUCGGAAGAAUUUCAUACAGGAAGGUGAAGAAGACAUGUCAUGGCAGAUCCUUGGAAUCUGUUACCAGGUCACAGGGAAUCCACAAGCGGCUCUUUACGCGUAUCAACAGUCACUUUCAAAAGUACCAUUUAAUGAAAUAGAAAAUGCUACAUUUUUAAGAAUACAGAAUAUCCUUCAGUGA